AAGAUCCAGUUGUCUGGGCUGAAAUGAUGAUACCAUAUAAACUCUACAUCCCGUCCGUUCCAUGUGGUUCGCAGGCACGAGACGGCUAGAGAGUGGCUGUGUAAGCUUGGCUCUUCUCUUUUUGACCAUCCAUGCUCUCCCGCCCGUUCACAGGUCCAUCGACUGUUCUUGGCGUGUUCCAAGAGCUUUGGCUUUUUUUUGCCUCGAUGAUCUUCUUGGCUUGUGGUUUGUAGAGAAGAAUCGCCUGCAUUUGAUCUACGAAACGAAUCAACGAGAAUGGGCAGCUCCGUUCGGAAAGCCCAUAUCCCAUCAGUGGCAUUUUCCACAAGAAGGGAUGGGAUUUACAGUCGCGGAAAUAGAACGACCGAAGUUGGAAAAUGUUAGUCCUUCGUGAGCUCUGAUUGGCUGUGUCGAUCUCCAGGCUGUGGCUGUGCUCGCCACACUCCCGCAACCGAGCCUCGCCCACUUGUCAGUUGUCACUGUCUCCAGGGUUUCUUAUUAGAAUCAGGGACGUUAACAAUCUCGUCUCCAUAUUGGGAAUGCUGGGUUUCUCGAUACCGAUUCUUGAAAUCUCUAUGAGGGAGCCAAGCGAUACCUAAGAGAACCACAAUUGCCUCCAUCGAGUUACAUGGUGCCCCUGGAUUUCUUGGGUUUCGACGGGAAUCCACGGAUUAGUUGAACGCUACACCCAAUCUUCGGCACACGGCACCAAGGCUGUAUCUUUACUUUACACGAGCUCUUGACGAGACGCGCGGUCUUUCUUUUCAUCGAGAAUCUUCUGAUUGAGAUACGAGGGUUAAGGAUUCAACCUCGUAAUCAACCUUGGGGCUCAACAGUUUUGCUUACGAAGUCCGAUGAAAUGCACGGUCACUGUACUCGUCAACCUAUUGGCGAGGUGUUACUUACAAUAGAUUAAUAAAUCCUUCUAGCCUUGUGUCUCUUGAAAUGAGGAGAUGCAAUGUCUCCGCUUACUGCAGCAGGCUCUGUAUUCCCUCCCAGUCUUUAAGCCUCCACUUACACCCACCAGAGUCUAUUUCAGAACCCUACAGAGUAUCAACUGAAGCUGUCAGCAUCCUUCCACUUUCGAUAUACCGGUUGGUGUAAUUAUAUUCGAAAGGAAGUGAAGGAUGCAUCGCGCAUUCAGUGAUAUAGAUGGAGUCUUCGCCAUUCUCUAACAAACUUAGACGGUAGUUAGACGGAACCUCCUCCACAUGUAAGUUGAGCAGUUGAGUUUUGCCGAAUCAACAGGGAUAGGUGCUGCAUCUCAACAAUAGGAUUGUUUCGAUGCGUCAGCCCUGCCCACACCGAGGCUCUGCUUUUGUGGUUGCUAUCUGCAGACGUACCUCAGGAUGCUAGGCUGCGAGGCAAGUGAUUCUUAUCACUUAUGCAGCCCAAUGGCCUCAUAUAUGAGUGACCAAUCCAUUGACUUUCAAGACAUCUACUAUCUACGCUGGAGGCUUCGGGUUGCAUGACCCCGUGCCAGAGAGCAUAAUGCAGCAAGCUCAAGGUCUACAACGACUGGCGACACAGGCUGUGCUCUCUGCAAUCAGUGUUACCGUCGUGCAUGCUUAGGGCAAGGUUGCCGAGCGGCCCUCUCGCCAGCUGCUGCAUUCAUUCGUUGCAGACCCGGCUGUUUCGUGUUCUGCUCUCCUACUCGUCCUCCACGGCGCAGCAGCUGUUGCUGGCUUGUCCACAGCCGUGUUGACAAGUCGACACGGCUCGUCCGGGGGUUGAGUUGGGUGCGCCAUUUCUCCACCCGGAGAGCUCAUUGAUGCAAUACUUUCGAUUUGGUUAUGCCACGGGUGACAUUGAAGUAGGAAUCGAAUGAUAACCGAGGACGAUAGCAAGUGUUUGGGUGUAGUCGAUUGAGGGGGGCUUGCGCCGUUGAAACUUUGAAAGCUGAUCAGCUUGAGCUAAAACGCUACAACUGCAAAACACAUCUCAGGGUCUCAAUAAGCGGCCCACAAAGGACAAGACCCCAGACCAGCCUCGGUGCUCUUGGUCUCAUCGUAGUUAGCGUUCAGGUGGACUGGGAUAAAUUCACACAUUGUAGUACCUCGACGCAGGUGAGAUAAGUAAGGUUGGCCAGGUAAUGAGGGUACUGCCAGUAGAGGCCGUUAUCAGAGUUUGGGGAGUGAAGCCAACUCAAUGAGAAUGAUUCACCACGAAAAGAAAAACUCCAUAUUUGACUCGACCGGUCCCCAAUGUGUCAAUCUUAUCGCAGCCCACCUGGCGUCUCAGUGAAUUUGUAGCGUGUUGUGAGAAUAGAGGGGACGGAGUAUGAGGCUCGGAUUGGCUGGGGGAGUUGUUCAAAGUUGUGUGAGAACUUUAGCUGUGCUGGCCAUGGAUGAUUUGUGCAGCUCAAGCUCAAGCAAGGUAUCUAGGUAAGGCGCUGGAAAUAAUGCUGAUCUAGGCUUUUUCUCUCCCACCUCCUCCUCCUUCUUUUAUCAGCUGAGAACUUUUGUGAAGCCUUCCAUCUUUGGCUCCAUUCGUCAAACCCCCUCAGUUCAACACUCAACCCCUCCAUGGUAGUUCCAGCUACUUUUUUUUUUAUCUUCUCACAGGAGUUGCUGAGACAAGACAGCUGAGUCUGCUACUGAGCGAAGUGAAGGUGAAAUAACCUGAUACUGGGAAAUUGUCCAAAAGCGGAGGCCGCCACUUUCAGUUUGGGCUCUCCUCUUCUGUGGCAUUUCUGCUCGGCUAAUAGCCAAUGAAGAACCCCUAGCACCAACUGUACCCAUCUUCCAUGACCUGGGCCUAGGUCGGCCACGAUAGCCUCGCCGAGCCAGCCUCACCUGUUUCCUCUCUGCCAUUUUCUUCUUCUUUCACCUCUUCCAUUGCGACUUUGGGUCUCUUGACUUUCCACAUUUCUGUAGCCAUUGGCGCCUAGGCACCUUGUCCCUCCUUCUGACCUCAUCAGCCGAGACUUUGCUCGCACAUCGCUCGAUUUCGAUUUCGAUUUCAAUUUCCCUCGCCUGCCCGUAUAUUUUUGUUUCGCUGUCUCUAUUCACUUCUCUUCGACGUCAAUUAUACCGAAACUGCGACGAUAUUGAUUCUUAACCAACGACUAGGUAGCAGGAACUUUCGUGCUCGACCCCCUGGCCGAUUCGUCCUCGAUUGAUCAAUGACCUCCGCCAGCUUAACCUGCUGACGACUGCAUCUACAUCGACUCACAGCCUUGCCCGAUGGAGCCUUCGAGUAAAAAGCGGAAGUUGGCUCCUAAGGUCAACACGACUCCUAGCAAGCCGCCGCCGCCAACACAAUUCCCUCACGAAUCGCCUCAGCAACAUUAUCCAGCUCAGGAGGCUGCAGCUCCUCUUUCCGAAAGACAUGACUUUGAGUCUUUUGCGCGCCAUCUACAGGAUGCUGCUAUGCUGAUCCAGAGACAGACUGAACGUCACCCAUACACUGACGUUUCUGUGUUACUAUUAAGGUGGGAAGAAGACAAGUCUGUCGACGAAGACCUGGCUGCGCUCGAGCAAGUGUUCCAGAAGCACUACAAAUACCGAACUGAGCGAUGGCACAUUCCCACGGUACCGAACCCUAGUAUAAAGCUCGGAGUUCAGAUUGCUUCUUUUCUCGAGAAUGCACGAGCCAAUCAUCUUCUCAUUAUCUACUAUGCUGGCCAGGGCUACGUAAGCUCUGAUGGCCAGCUUUUCUGGGCUUGUAAUGCACGAGAAGAUGCGGCAAAACUCAAGUGGGAUGGCGUCCGUUGCCUGUUCGAGGAUGCCCAGUCCGAUAUCCUCUUGUUGCUGGACACAUGCGCGUUACCGGACCCCCCCAUGGCUGGUAGUCACGGCGUUAAGCAAGCCAUAGCAGCCUGCACAUCCGACCGUAGCCCAGACAGCUCAGAACGCUCCUUUACGUCAAAUUUGGUUGAGGCUUUACAAAAGCUCAGUAGUGGGCGCCCCUUUACUACACAGAAGCUCCACGAGGAACUGUUAUCGCUGAAGCAGCAGCAGCAACUGGUUCAGACUCCCCGACAAACGAAUGGCAGCACCUCGAAUACACAUUCGUCCUCUCACCAUCCGGCUUUUAUGGCUCUGACGCCUGGGAAGGGCCAUAGUAUUGCUCUUGCGCCAAUGCCCUCAAGACCUCGUUCGGAAUCACAGAACGGAGUCGACGCAGAGGGCCAAGGGAACCGCGAAGAACAGCUCAUUGACCCAGAGUCAGUUGUUGACCUCAGGUUUGAAGAGCACCGUGUCCUCGUUUGUACGACCUUUGUUGGUGAUGCUAGCCCAGAUAUGUCCUUUUUCUCACAAUGGCUACAAAGCACGCCGCCUCUGGGCGAUAAAAUCGCCGUGGAAGGCAUGUUCCUUGGACCGCCCACAAUGCUCCUUAUCUCCAUGCCCCAUUCCAUCUGGAACGUGGUACAGCACGACAAAGUUUGUUGUUUCUUGGGGUAUAUAAGCUCUCACAACAUGAUUCAUUUGUAUCACAGACUUGUAGGUUCUUCUGGUAUUAAGCCUUCCGCAAGAGCAGUUGAAGAUGGCCGAAUUCUCCUGGAGGCAAGGGAUCACGCAUAUGGAACGCCCGCACGCGUUCGGCGAGAUGAGGGUCAAGACAUCUCGUUCCAUUCCCCGGCCGUGAGGGGAACCCCCAACUCCGUAGAGCGAAACGAGCAUCUUCCACAAACGAGUCCUUCAGCCUCAUCGUAUGCGAAUCCAGCAGGUGGACAUGGCAAGCCCAAAGACGAAGUAGAGGACUCUGCGGAGAUGCAGGAAGCUGCUGAGCAGUUGAAGGCCUUGAGCCAUGUUCGACAUCGCAGCGACGAGACCCAAAAUAUCAACAGGCCGCGCACGAUUCUUCCUGACGGGAUGCCUGAAAUAAGGCCUGAAGGCGAGCCUGAGGAGCAUGGUAACGAAGAUCCCUUAGCAACACUUCGCAAUGCCAACUCGGCAGCCAAGCCACCACGGCGGUCUCUCCCUAAGCAGGACACGCGUUGCAACCACUGCAGUCACGCUCCUUUCAAAGAUUCAUCUUCAUUGAGAAAACAUAUUGCCGCAGCCCAUACCAGGCCGUUCCCAUGUGCGUUUUCAUUCGCUGGAUGUACUAGCACUUUUGGAUCCAAGAACGAAUGGAAGCGACAUAUCGCAUCCCAACAUCUGUGUCUGCAGUACUAUCGCUGUUCAUCCUGCCCUCAGAGCACAGCCGAGGGCAAGGGCAACGAGUUCAAUCGCAAAGACCUGUUCACUCAACACUUGCGACGCAUGCAUGCACCCUUUCAGAUCAAGAGAGCGAUUGCUAAGGGCGAUAGUAAACUGCAAUCUGAGUGGGAUACGCAUGUGAAGGACAUGCAAGUGUCGUGCCUGGUUCAGCGUCGGUUACCCCCGCAGCGCUCAGCAUGUCCGAAGCAAGGCUGCCAGAGCAUUUUCGAAGGCCCAUCGUCCUGGGACGAGUGGACUGAGCAUGUCGGUCGGCACAUGGAGAAGGGCGAAGGUGGCAGGCUUGGAGUCGAUGGCCUUCUAGCCCAGUGGGCACUGGAUGAGGGUAUCAUUGAGCGCAAGCCUGAUGGCGAGUACCGGUUGUCAGCAAGCAACGGUAUGGGAGGCGGUGGGGCUACUACGAGCGGCAGCAGCGCAGCUGCUCCCCCUGUCUUUGAACAGAAAGAGUCAACUAUGACAUCGACAUCGACACUUGAGCCCUCACAGCCGGCGGAAGACUCCUUGAUCAUGGACACGAAGCCUUCAGAAGACAGGAUGGAGGUUGACACUCCAGAGUGAAAGAAAAAUUUGGCGCUUGGUGACUGACUACAGGACCCAUGUUACGAAUCAGUGCAAUGCACUUAACGAUAUGACGAAACGACGUAAAUGACCUGAGAUUUUAUACAGCUUUCCUUUCUUAUAGUAGUGACAGUCGCUACCUUGCUCAGCAGUCACUCGCUUAGAUGACUUCUCAUAAAAACUACCCUAGCGGGGCGGAUUGAGUUCAAUCCGGCUGGAGUUGUGAGAAAUGUAAAAGGAUACAAAAAGUCAAUGAUCAAAAUAAGAGACAAACAAAUGAGCUUGCCAGUAUCAGUGAUCCCGUUUUUGUAUAGUACAGGGAAUGGAUUGUUCCUGGAUAUAAGAUCCAUGCUCUAAGUCAGGUUAUUCCCAGUAGAUAUGAUCAAUUGGAAUUUUUCUUGAAGCGCCAAAGAAUUAGCAAGCUUCAUUGAAACCAUUGCAU